CACGUUUUCAUUGAACUGAUGAAACUUUGUCCCAUAUUUAGUUGCUCCUACUCGAACUCGAACUCCUACGCCUACUCCCACUCCCACUCCCACUCCAAGUCAUACUCGAAGGAUUCAUGCCAGGAGAAGAAGAAGGGCCUGUACAAGGUCGUGAUGGUGCGGCAUGGCGAGUCCGAGUGGAACCAGAAAAAUCUUUUCUGCGGCUGGUUCGAUGCCAGGCUGAGCGAGAAGGGUCUGCAGGAGGCCUGUUCGGCAGGAGUAGCACUCAAGAAGGCCAAGAUGGAAUUCGAUGUGGCCUACACCUCGCUGUUGACGCGGGCACAGGAAACCCUGGCGGCUGCACUAUCGGCCAGUGGUCAUAAGACGAUUCCUAUCUGCAAGACUUGGCGCCUGAACGAGCGACACUAUGGCGGCCUGACGGGCCUCAACAAGGCAGAGACAGCGAAAAAGUUUGGCGAGGAGAAGGUGAAGAUCUGGCGGCGCAGCUUCGACACCCCGCCGCCUCCAAUGGAGAAGGAUCACAAGUACUAUGACAUCAUUGUGAACGAUUCGCGCUAUUGCGAUCAACUGGAUCCCAAGGAUUUUCCAAAGUCUGAGUCCCUCAAGCUGACAAUCGAGCGCUGUCUUCCGUACUGGAACGACGUGAUAGUACCCCAGAUCCAGGAGGGAAAGCGAGUCUUGGUAGCCGCUCAUGGGAACAGUCUGCGAGGUGUGGUGAAGCACCUGGAGGGCAUAUCUGAUGAAGCCAUCAUGGGCCUCAAUCUGCCCACGGGAAUACCCUUUGUCUACGAGCUGGAUGAGUCUUUGAAGCCUUUAGGCACUCUGAAGUUCCUCGGUGAUCCCGAGACGGUGAAGAAGGCCAUGGAGGCUGUGGCCAACCAGGGCAAGGCCAAAUAGUCGGACUUGAUCUAUCUUUAACCCAUUUUCGAUACCCGACAAAGGUGGACAAGGUCGAAAAUAAUCGAUGUUCAAUCCACUUGCAUGCCAAACAAACAAAAAAACAAUUCGCCGCGGAACUGGGAAUCAAGAAUCGGAAUCUGUGACCAAGAACUGUGGCGAGAACAACAGCGAGCGAAAGUCAUGCAGCAAAUAAAUUUAUUUGAUUUUAAUUGAC